AUGGCAUUUCAAGAUACAAAUAAAUCAGGAAUUCAUAAUAUUUCUGUUAUUCUACCUUUGUUACAUAAAUUCGAUCUUGCAAUAACAUGGGAUAAUCAACAUUUAAUAUUUCCAUCACUUCUUCCAGCUCAAUUAAGUUUAAAUACAAUUUCAAGCCAUUGUCGUGCAUCGAUUAUAUCUUCAUCAAGUAUUAUUAAAUUUCAAGAAAUUUCUAAUCAACUUCAAUAUUUUAAGUUUUUAACUAAUGAAAAUUCAACAAAAUCAAUUUCAUUACAUUUAAAAUAUUUAGCACGUAUACAAAAAGAUGAUCCUAAAUUAUUUUCAUAUAUUCGUCGUUAUUAUCAUUUAAUAUUUAUUCCAACAUGUUUUUGGUCACGUUUAUUUGCACGUUUAAUUGGUGAUAAACAAUUACAAAAAGCAUUUACAAAUUAUUUUCUUGUUGAUUUACAAUCAAAUUAUUCAAAUGAUAAAAUAAAAAAUAUUCUUAUGGCUGAAUGUUCAUGGAUUGUUUGUCAAACUGGUAUUGAACUUCGUUAUUAUGAUUGUUGUCUUUUAAGAAUUAAUCAAAUAAAUUUAAUAUCAUCUAUAAAUGACGAUGAUAUUUCAUAUUCUUAUUUAAAUCUUAUUUUUCAAUUUCAUACAGAUGAAGAACAAAAUAAACAAAUUUUACCAUUUAAUGAUCAAGGAUCACUAAUUGAAAUUCUUAUUUGUACAAGUGAUUUACAAAUGAUCAUUGGAUCAAAUGAUGAUGAAAGUGAAGAUUCGAAUCCAUUUGUAAUUGAAUUAUUUGUACAACAAAGUACAAUCGGACGUAUAUUAACAAUAUUAAUGGCUCAUUUUGAUACGUUAUUAGAAGAUUGGUAUCCUGAAAUGGGUACACGAUUUGUACAAAAUUCUAAAGGUGAUUAUUUAGUUAAUCGUUUUAUUCCAUGUCAUCAAUGUUUAAAUGAAAAUAAUCAAUCAGAAAAUUUUAUUUGUCAAACAUUUUGGUUAGAAGCAUUAAUGAUGUAUAUUGAAAAAGGAAUGGAAAUAAAAUGUGAAAAACAUGGACAAAUAUCUUUAAAAUGCAUUGCACCCGAUUUGAUUUUUUGUGAUUUAUCAUCGGAUAAUUUUAUUAUUCCAUUUGAAGCAAUUAAAUUGAAAAAAUUUAUUGGACAAGGUACAUUUGGUACUGUUUUUGCUGCUACAUCAUACAAAUCGACAGUGGAUCUUGCUUGUAAAGCUUUUGUACCAAUUGAUUCUUCGAUUACUAUUGGUCUUAUUGAACAAGCACAUAGUGGAACUAAAGAUGAAGAAAAUGAGAAGAAAAUAUCUUUACGUGAUAUUGCAAAAGAAUGGACUCGUAAUCCAAUGCGUGCUGCAUCUAAAGCUUAUAUAACUUGUCGACAAGAACUUUCAGUACUUUUAACAACUGGUUCACAUCCAAAUAUAGUUCCACUUGCUGGUUUAUGUAUUCGACCAUUAAGUUUAAUGUUACAUUAUGCUCCAAUGGGAUCACUUGAAUCCAUAUUGAAAGAAUAUAAACGAACAAAUACUCAACUUGGAUUAACAAUCUAUCAAAAAUUGAUUAUUCAAAUUGCUAGUGCUAUUGUUCAUUUACAUAAUAAUAAUAUAAUUUAUCUUGAUCUUAAAUCAGAAAAUAUUCUUGUUUGGAAUAUGCCACAACCACGUCUACCAUCAACUGGACAAGUUCUUGUUAAAUUAUCAGAUUUUAGUAUUAGUCGAGUAUUGUCAUCGAUUGGUACGAAAGGUUUUGCUGGUACCGAAGGAUAUAUUGCACCAGAAAUUGUUCGAUUUACUGGUGAUGAAUUAUAUACUGAAAAAGCUGAUAUAUUUUCUUUUUCUAUGCUAAUGUAUGAAUGUCUCUCGUUGAAUCAUCCAUUUAGUCGAAAUAAACGUGAUCAUGCACGAGAAUUAAUCUUACAUGGUUGGCGACCAUCAUUAACUGAACAGGAAUUAUCAUCACCAACAUUGAUUCUUGAUUUAAUGGUUGCUUGUUGGUCUGAGCAUCCGAAUGAUCGACCAUCAGCAAAAGAUAUACAUCAAUUAGCAAGUUCAUUAGAAUUUCGACAUUUAAUGGAUGUAAUUGAAAUUGGUAAUCGUGAAGAAUUUAAUGAUUCAAAUACAUUAGCUGCUGUUUCUUAUCGAGAAAAUAAUGAAAAUGAUGAUAAUGAUGAUGAUGAUAUUGAUAUUCCAACUGCAGAUUGUUGGUUUAUUCGACAAUCAAAACAAGAACAACAAUCAUCGAUUGUUAUUGUUGCUUAUGAUCAAUUCAAUGCUGUUAGUCAACAGAUAAUCAAUCUUGGUAAUUGUGAAAUUCGUUCAAUUUAUUAUCAUAUUCGUGAUCAUGUUAUAGUUUUAACUGAUCGUCAAAAUAUGAUCUAUAUUUAUUGUACACAAACAUUUCAAAAAUUAAAUCAAUUUCCUCUUGUACAUCAUCAACAAAGUGGUCAUCCAACACAUAUGACUAGUCUACCUGAAACAUCAAUUGUUUUUUUACUUUUAUCAGAUAAUUCAAUAUAUAGUAUUGAUUUAUCUAUAAUUUUACAUCGAUCUAGAAAUUUAAAUUCAUCAACAGUUGAUCUUUGUUAUCGUUAUGUAGCUAAUGUUUCAUUACCAACAUUUAAAAUUCUUGCAUUACCAACAGCUAGUGGUCGAAAUGUAGAAAUUUGGUGUGGUUGUUCAUUAGGAAAUUUACGUAUUAUUGAUGUUCGUACAGCUCAAUUAUCUGUUCAAUUAUCACAUCAAUUAUUAACUGGUUCAAGUGCUGUACAUUUACUUUGUGUAUCGAGAAAUUCACCUCAUCAAUAUUUAAUUUGGACAGCGAUGAAAACAGAUGAAUCGAAUGAUAUAACUAUUGAUUCAAUCUUACCUACUCGAAUACUUGUAUUUAUUGGAUUAAAUACUGGUCAUAUAAUUAUUAUUAAAUCAUCAGCUAUUCAAGUUUUAUAUACUGUCCAUGCUUAUGAUCAACAAGUUUUACAUUUAUUUGCACUUUCUCAAUCUGCUUUAUCCCCAUCAACAACAAAUGAAUCACAUGAUAAUCGAUUUAUAACUCAAUUUAAAUAUUUACAAGAAAAAUUUGAACAACAUCGAUUUAAUCGAGGAAAUUUUCGUACUCCACUUCUAGCUAGACCUGAUAAUAAUGAUAAUGAACUUGAUAAUAUAUCAUACAUGUUAGCUAUUGGCUAUGGAGCAAAAGCGUGCCAAUCAAUUCCACAAUUACAAAAAUAUUCAUCAGAUGGGAUUUUCUUACAAACAUGGUCUUUAGAUGAUUUUAUUCUCUAA